AUGGAUACCAUUGACGCCGAGCAGGCGAGGAAACUAUCCCUGUUCCGACCGCUGGGUUACCAGCGCAACUCGUGUGGUUACUGUAAAUCUGAGGAUGGAAGCGCUUCAUAUUACAGUAGCUCCGUCUCAGUCAGGCCACAUCAUUAUGAGGAACUUGUGAAUCGAGGUUGGAGAAGGUCUGGAACGCUUUAUUAUAAGCCAAAUUUGGAGAGAUCGUGCUGUCCGCACUAUACGAUUAGACUCGAAGCCUCCGAUUUCAAAGCCAGACGAGACCAACGCAAGGCCAUCAAUCGUUGGAAUAAAUUCGUCCUAGGCCCAGAGUAUAUCCGCAAAGCGGCUCGCUUAUGUCCUAAGACACGCCAGGAGAAGAAACAUCGAAAAUGCAACUUCGAUGUCCUCACAGCAGUCCACGAGUCUGAAUACGCCAACGUAAAACGCCCCAUUGACCCAUCGACCAGACGCCCGUUAGAACCCGCCCACCGCUUCGCGGUCAAUCUCGAAGGCGACUCCGUUUCUCAGGCCAAAUUCGACCUCUUCAUAAAAUACCAAACCAAAAUCCACAAGGAAGACGUCUCCAGAUGGAAAACCAAGGACUUCCAGCGCUUCCUGUGUUCCGGUAUCAAACGCUCUCCAGCCAGUGCGGACUCUAAAGAGAAGAAACUUGGUUCCUGGCAUCAAUGCUACCGGCUGGAUGGGAAGUUGAUUGCCGUGGCGGUUUUGGAUUUGAUGCCUAAUGGUGUCAGUUCUGUUUACGUUUUCUAUGAUCCGGACUACGAAAGCUGGGAAUUCGGCAAGCUCAGCGCCCUCAGAGAAGUAGCCCUCACCAUCGAAGACAACUACCGCUACUACUACAUGGGCUAUUACAUCCACAGCAACCAAAAAAUGCGGUACAAGGGCACCUUCCGCCCGCAACACGUCCUCGACCCCGAAUCCCACACUUGGCACCCGCUCGACGGCGAAUUUGUCAAGAAACUCGACCAAAAACCCUAUGUUUCUCUUUCCCGGGAGCAGCACAAUCCGGAGCCAAACAAAGAGAGCGAAGCAGAUGCAGAAAUCAACGAUGAGGAAGUCUCGCUGUUCGAUCUGCAUAUGCCGGGUGUUUUGAGCGUUGAGGAGACCAAGGCGCUGGAUUUGGAUCAUUGGUGGUUGUUGGUUCAUGGGUCGUUUGUGCAUAUGAUUGAUCUGGUGGGAUGGGAGCAAAUGCCCAUGACGCAUCCGCAGUCGAUCAAGGGGAUUAUUGCAGAGUUGGCGGCUGCUUUGGGGCCGAGGGUUGUGAAGGAGAGUGCUGUGGUUUUGUUUGAUUGA